UAAACAUUGGCAUCUGACAGUGCAGCAGUGAGCUGCUGUGUCUACGUCCAAAGCGUUGUUUCAGAGAACAAUUAAUAUUUACUUAAAGUAGCCAACUGUAUCAGACUGUUUCGAAUGGAGACCAGACAACAGGGUGAGUGAGCGUUCAAACUCUCGAAAAAUAUAUAAUAAUAUGUUGCACAUUGUGGAUUUUUGUUGUUGCAUUUAUUCAAUUGUGUAUUUCGCCUAUUUGUUACUUACAAUUAGCAUAGAGAUUAACGAAAACUAUUGUUACUGAAUUCAUAGCCUUAACCUUAAUACAAAUAUAAAUAACCUUAUUAAGCAGUUUAGCUUUAAUAUGGGAUGAUAGUCUUGAUAGGUGAAAUUAUGCGUCAACUUUUAAUAAAUUCUGCCUCAAAGGACAAAAAGUGUAUCAAUAGAGUAGCCAUUUUCGACCAGUUAUCUACUUAAUGUAGCACGUGGUUAACUUCCCAUUUUUGUCCAAUAGAGAGCGUUAGUAAUGGCGUCGUUUUGUAGGCACUAAACUCUGCCAUGGUUCGUUGGACAAAGCCUAUGGGAAAAUGAAUGGUGUUUUUGUAAUGUUUUUGGAUAAACGCCUAAAAUAAGGUCUGUGGUAAACACAGGCUUAGGAGAUCUUAUACGUUUUGUUCUAUGAGAUAAUCUUCAUCAGCUAAUGUCACUUUUAGAAUUUUGAAGCAUUUAUGGAAUUUAAUAAAGCACAUAAAGGCUUCAUAAUUCAUAAAAAUCAUUUUAACAGACUGAUAUUUUUAUGUCAUAGAACAAAACGUAUAAGAUCUAAGCCUAUGUUAACCUCAGACCUUAUUUUCAGCGUUAAUCCCAAAACCCUAUUCUUUCCCCAUUCAUUUUCUCCAUAGAAAUGGCUGAAUGAACCAGAGGUAACAUAUUUCUGGGUUUUAGGACUACAAGCUGUUGAGCUCUAUGUGCAACAUCAUUGCAACAUGGUAACAAAAUAUCAAGUUCAUGUGGAUGUAAUAUUGCUCUGUCCCUCUGUUAGGUUCAAAUACAUUUUUGCAAACCAUGACUGGCUCAAGGCCACCUAUUUUCCCUUCCCACCGUGGCCAUCUGACCAAAUAAUUGAAACCUUGUGACCAUAGAUAUUCUGCUUUGGAGAGCCUUUCUUUGUAGUUGGCCCUAUUAUCCAAAUAGCAACAUGGCUGUCUUUAACUUGUGCACACUGGAUUAUCAGUUGAAUACUGGCUAUUAUAAUCAACUUUCUGGUUCAAACAAAGUAUAGGCAUUUUUUUUAUCAACCUCAGGUUAUCAGGUUACAGUCAGCCUGAAUGGACACUGUAACCUACAGUAUACACCAAUCGUGUGUGUGCCUGUGUGUGUGCAUUCCUUGUUUGUGUGUAACUUACUAUUUUGUAUUUCACCCCAUUCAUUGCCUAAUGGACAUCAAAUGCAUCAUCAUCAGAGCUGUACUCUAGUGUACUGAGCGACUCUAGUGUACUGAGCGAUGGUGCAGGGGAAUGGGGUAAGACCUCAUAUAUUCAGAUGAGUGGGUUAUGCCCAGUGGGUUUUAGGUGCAUCUGCAACCUGAAGGUGAAAGGCCUUUGAUCUGUAGACUAGACUACUUCCCCUGUUAUUACAGUAGUUGCAGUAUUUUGGGCCCACAUUGGAACAGUAAACAUCUGCAGCAUCAAUUGCAUAUGUAUUAUACUUUCAAGAUUGUAAUAGCAUGUGCCAAUAAAUAGAAUGGAUUGGAUUUAUAUCCAUUAAUUUGUCUUGAUGCAGCACAAUUGAACCAGAAAAUAGGCCAAUGUCUUCUUGAUAUGUUUCCUGGCCCCAUAGAUAGAUAGACUCCCAUUUUAGAAUACUCCAGUUCUCUUGCAGUCAGUUGCAUGCUGUGUUUGAGCUGAAUGUUUUAGGUCUUGUGGUGUUUCCAAUUAGUAAAUGUUCCCUGUACGCAUAGAACCUCUGUAAAUGAAUUGCCUAACCAGGGUCAACUUCAUCAGGCAAAGCAUGAAACACCAAUGAUUUAAAACAUUUUUUCAUCUGUGUAUGUGAUAGAAAUGUUUUGGGGCAUUUGUUUUACAGCAUUUCUUCUCUGGGUAUGAACAUGUUUUAACCAUAGACUAUAUGUUUAGAACAUGUGACCUCCCUUGACAAAGUAGCAUAGGCCUAUCUAUCUUAUCAAUUAUUACUAAUUUCAUUAAAGGAAUAUAAUCUUUCCCCCUUGUUUCUGCUACCAAAUGAAGAGAGAGGACAAGGACAUCUCAGGACAGGUAUGCUGCUUCUCUGUUUACCUGACUGCCCUUCACAGAAAUGUUCAAGUGAUGUGGAGGAAUGCAGUAUCCCUGAUUCAUGUUUUAAAUCUGUCUCUUUAUUGUGAAUGAAUGAAUGACUGCACUCACUUUCACCACACUUUGGCCCCUGGGUUGUAGAGUAAAACCAUGAUGCCUUUGAGAACCUAGCAUGUGAAAAAGAGAGUGUAUUUCUCCAGCUCUGGCCCCUGUGCUGCUGAAUAUGAUGAGUGUGAGUUGGGUGAGGAUGAGUUGUCACACCACAGUCACUUUCACCACACUUUGGCCCCUCCACCAAUUGUAUAAAAACACCCCUGACAGUGUUAAUUCACCUGAUGAGUUUGAGAGCAACCAUUAGAUGAAGUUGCAGUCAAAGGACUAUCUGAAAUGGUAUCUUUGAUUUAGCUAGCUAUCGCACUGCUUAAUUCUGCUGUGGCUGAGGUGAAGGACUUUGGUAAAUCUAGUUGGAUAAUCCCAGGGGAAAAUCCCACUGAUUACUACAGCCAGGCCAGAAAUGAUGUAACAGGCCAAGAUGACGGCCUAAAAUGGAAGCAAAAAUGGGAACCAAUUUCCAGAGAACUUAAUAUGUUUAUUUACUAAAUGAUAAAAUUUUUUUACCAUGGUUAUGAGGGAUCUCAUUAUUGGUAAGGGGACUGGGGAUAAUUUCCAGUAACAUUUCCAGUUGUGUUUGCUGUCUGCUGAGUCUGACACACUUCGUUAAGCUUACAGGAUUUGUUUCCUCAGUCAUUACAGAAUGCAGGUCAUUUUACUGCAUGAGUCAACUCGUAGUAUGCGCUCCAGCAGGUAUAUCUCACUGGUCAUCCCCCAAAGCCAACACCUCCUUUGGCCGCCACUCCUUCCAGUUCUCUGCUGCUAAUGACUGGAACGAACUGCAAAAAUCUCUGAAGCUGGAGACUCUUAUCUCCCUCACUAACUUUAAGCAUCAGUUGUCAGAGCAGCUUACCGAUCACUGCACCUGUACACAGCCCAUCUGUAAUUAGCCCACCCAACUACCUCAUCCCCAUAUUGUUAUUUAUUUUGCUCAUUUGCACCCCAGUAUCUCUAUUUGCACAUCAUCUUCUACACAUCUAUCACUCCAGUGUUAAUACUAAUUGUAAUUAUUUUGCACUAUGGCCUAUUUAUUGCCUUACCUCCAUAACUUGCUACAUUUGCACACACUGUAUAUAUAUUUUCUGUUGUAUUUUUGACUUCAUGUUUUGUUUUACCCCAUAUGUAACUCUGUGUUGUUGUUUUUUAUCGCACUGCUUUGCUUUAUCUUGGCCAGGUCGCAGUUGUAAUUGAUUAGGUUAAUCUCAGGUCUCCAGGCAGAGGACUGAUUUCGUGUGAACAACACAAGGCUAGCUGUCAAUGCUAACUACAGUGUCUGUGGAUAAGGGUUGUAGAGUAAAACCAUGAUGCCUUUGAGAACCUAGCAUGUGAAAAAGAGAGAGUGUAUUUCUCCAGCUCUGGCCCCUGUGCUGCUGAAUAUGAUGAGUGUGAGUUGGGUGAGGAUGAGUUGUCACACCACAGUCACUGAGCUGCGGGGCUCCUACUUUCAGGACAACGUUGUGGGCGAGACUCGGCAAACGCCUCAGACAACCCAAACAUGCUGACCCGGACUGGGAAUGUGACAAUGCCGGUUUUGGAUGGGGCUGCAGAGCUCUGAAAUAGAUUCCCAAACCAGAGAGAGAAAACAGGGACAGAUGUCCUUUAAGAGUUCAUGUAGUGUUGCUGAACCCGUACUGAUUGUGACGUGGUUCUGUGUUUACUCCUUGGCCAGAGUCUCUCUCUCUCUCUCCCUCAUCCAUGUAUGUGAUGGUCAAUUGAAUCAGACUGCGGCGUGGGAGGGGGCAGGGCCGGGGUGAGGUUUAGAGUCAUGUAGUGCACCAGUAAUGUGAUGUUCAGGUGACAGGUUGCCAUGAAAUCAAGAGGCAAGUCACGAGCCCAUCAACCCACUCUUAAUCAAGCGUGCAUGAUUUCCUGUUAAUGCUCUUUGAUAUUGAUUACCAUAUAGAUUUUUUAAUGAACCUGAGCCAAUGUUAAUGUAUCUAGGGUAGGGACAUCUUUCAGGGCCCCGGGAACAAUGCUGAUGGAUGGAACCUCACAUUGGCAACACAAACAACAUAACUUUUGUACCAGUGUGUGGAUACUGUCUAUGGUCCUCUAAGGUAAAGACAGGGAUUGUUUGCGGAUUUAAAAUGAGUCAGCCCUGUGUUGAAGGAUUUAAGUGUCUUAAGGACAACAAAAGGAUUCAAUCAAUGAUAAUGAUUAGGUUUGCUUGUCUGCAUGGGAAGUUGCUAAGCAACGUACUCUUACCCCAUCACAGUGAAACAUAGAAACAGUUGUUCAAACUGAAAUUGUCCCAUUCUAGAGAAAUAGGAUAAAGUCGUAGAGAAAUCAAACAUUUUACAUUUGAGUCAUUUAGCAGACGCUCUUAUCCAGAGCGAUUUGCAAUUAGUGCAUUCAUCUUAAGAUAGCCAGGUGAGACAAUAACAUAUCACAGUCGUAGAAAGUACAUUUCUCCUCCACAAAGUAUUGAUCAGCAAAGUCAGUGCUAGUAGGAAAAGACAAGUGCAGGUUAUUAUUAUUAUAUAUAUAUUUUGUAUGAUCAAAUAACCAAGAGAAUGCUAUGGGGAGAGAGACUGGUUGUUAUACUCUUAAAUACAUAUACUAUUAGAGGCACUGAGGCCAGGCAAGAUGACAAUAGAGAAGAGAGUGAUGCAGUAGAAGAGUACUAGAAUGUAUACUGUGUACAUAGUGUGGCUCCAAGCAAAGGGAUCCGCUCCAAAGGCUUCUGAUGAGAAAGUGAUUGGGUUAUGUGGCAAAACUGCAUCACAAGCUCUGUGCCACGCCACUCCAAUCAUCUGCUGAUGAGGCCUCAAAGAUCCUCUUUGUCUGGACAAAAACAUCCCCUAGCUACGGUCAUCUUAGGGCACUGGUCGCUGCUCAAUAACAUCUCUUAGGUUUAGAUGUCAUGUUAUAUUUAAGAAAUAAGGCCCGAGGGGGUGUGGUAUAUGGCAAAUAUACCCGUACUGUUCUUAUGCACGACGCAACGCGGAGUGCCUGGAUACAGCCCUUAGCCGUGGUAUAUUGGCCAUAUACCACAAACCCCAGAGGUGCCUUAUUGCUAUUAUAAACUGGUUACACAUGUAAUUAGAACAGUAAAAAUAAAUGUUUUGUAAUACCCAUGGUAUAUGGUCUAAUAUACCACGGCUGUCAGCCAAUCAGCAUUCAGUGCUCGAACCACCCAGUUUAUAAUAUGUUAUUAUGUCCUGGCUUUAUGUUGCUGGUGAUUGAAAUAGUAUCAAAAGCUCAGAGCCUUUCACCCUAAGUCCUUGGGAUUUCUAUUCUGUUUACAUUCCCAGGUGUAUUACUGUAGCCUAGUAUAGAAUUUAAAGCCAGGGUCUUUUAACUGUACUUAUAUUAUGCAGUGAUAAGAGAGUAAUGGUUGUAGGGACAGACAUUGAAGUUGCACAAAAUUAGGUCGAAAUUGGGUAAAGCUAUACUCCCAAUUUGAGUUCAGAUUCACUUUAUUAAUGGCUGAUCUAAUCUGCUGAGGGUACACCAUGCCGGGGCUUUGGCCAUUACUUCAUCCGUCUGUGCAUCAGACAUUUCUGAGCAGGGCUGCAGAUAUUGAUCAAACACUCAGUGCUUCACAUACCAGGAAGUUGUUUGUCUGGUUUAGCUUUUAUUGUAACUGGAAACACACGCAUGCACGCAAACGCACACAUAUUGUCAUGCAGUUAGAUCACUAUUAGGUUCCAGAAACCAUUGAAAUAAACAACAAGCAAUAGAUUUGUGCUCCUAUUUACACAUUGAUUCAUGUUAGUUAGAACUAUUGACCUUUUUAGUAGAGAUAGAUAAGAAACAACAUACUGGACAGUUACUCUAAUAGAUAACUGGUGGCCUUAUGGAAGGGGAUAAGCAUGACUUUUCUCUAGACUAUCCAGAACAUAUCUUAACUUGACAUGUCUAAAAAUAAACCUAGGAUUGGAAAUGGAAGCUCUAAUGUAGAUAAUUACAGUCAGUGACUCUAAAGGUGGUUGUUAAACGUAUGGUGAGGUCAUGCUGGGAAUAUUGCCAUUGUCACGGUGAUGGAGGGUGGUAUUCAGGUUAAUUCUGGCUGUACUGUGGCCAUGUUACUAUGGCAACAGAUGGGUGGGUCUGCCUUGCUGUAGCCUGAUCAUCUCUUCGAGUUAGACCAUUUGACCGCAGGGUGCUUGAGUUUAUUUGUUAUUUGCAAAAACAUACUUUAUGUGAUUGUCUCUCCACUAUACACAGAGUGUACAAAACAUUAGGAACGCCUCCUCUUUCCAUGACAUAGACUGACCAGGUGAUUCCAGGUGAAAGCUUUGAUCCCUUAUUGAUGUCACUUGUUAAAUACACUUCAAUCAGUGUCAAUGGAGGGGAGGAGACCGGUUAAAGAAGGAUUUGUAAGCCUUGAGACAAUUGAGACAUGGAUUGUGUAUGCGCCAUUCAGAGGGUGAAUGGGCAAGACAAAAGAUUUAAGUGCCUUUGAACGGGGUAUGGUAGUAGGUGCCAGGCAUACCGGUUUGAAUGUGUCAAGAACUGCAAAGCUGCUGGGUUUUUCACACUCAACAGUUUCCCGUGUGUAUCAAGAAUGGUCCACCACCCAAACGACACCCAGCCAACAUGACACAACUGUGGGAAGCAUUGGAGUCAACAUGGGCCAGCAUCCCUGUGGAAUGCUUUCGACACCAUGCCCCAAUGAAUUUAGGCUUUUCUGAGGGCAAAAGAGGGUGCAACUCAAUAUUAGGAAAAUGUUUUGUACAUUCAGUGUAUGUAAGUCUGAAGUGUCCUAACUUUUGGGCUUUAUUUAGUGUUUAAUCAUCCAUCUCUCCUCAGGUCUGCUGGACCCAGAGCCUUUAACAGAAGUAGAUGAAGAAAUGGUGUCAGAAGUGGACCUCCAAAACACUGUGACCGAUGAGGAGAGGGAGGAAAUAUUGAGUGAACUCACUAAGGUAGUCCCUCUCGUCAGCACUUUUUACUGCUCUGUUUUUCAAUGUUUAGCUUGGUAUGUUGAUGGAGUUGGAUUCAGGAAAGCUCUAUCUUGGAGAUAGAUACAUUCUGUUCAUCCAUAGAGGUGAGAGAUGGUUAAGAAGUUGGUACACUGAUCUAUCUCACAUAGGCAAACUGUGUUGGACCAUGGGAGAGAGAUAUUAACUGGAAAAUAGGAGCGGAAGUAGAGGGCAUUGUGAGUUAUGUAAAUCUUGGCAGCUCUAUCGGCAGAGCUCUUUUGCAUAUUAUGAUUCAGCAUCAUUUGGGUUUACAGUUGUUUCCUCUGGUGUUGACCUCAGGCCAAAUACACUAUACUGUGUUAUAAGGAAGAGCCAGUGUUCUGUACUUCAGUUCCCUCAGUUUAUCACUAUAUUAUUAUUAUUAUUAUUAUUAUUAUUAUAGUUCUAUUACCAACACGUCUGUAACUGUAAGUACCUUUUGUAGCCAUUUGUAGCAUAUUAGGCUACAUCUAAGAAAUAUUCCUAAAUUCCAAAAUGAAUUCUCUAUACAGCAAAUAAGGUAACACAUGGAGACUUAAGCCCAAAGGGAAAUUUGCAUCACUCUCUUACUCAUUUUCUCUUAUGUCUUUAGUUCUCGCUCUUUCUUUUCUCUCUUUCUCUGUUUAUCCCUCUAGUUAGAGGAAGAAAUCUCCACCCUGAGGCAAGUGUUGGCCUCCAAAGAGAAUCUUCACUCAGAGCUCAAAGCCAAACUGGGUAUAACACCACUCAGUGAGCUCAAACAGAACUUCAACAGGAGCUGGUAUGACAUGCAGACUUCCACCGCGUAAGUACCCAACAUAGUUCAGUGUGUGUAUUACGCUUGAGUGGUAUGUAUCAAAUAUGUUGUUACAUGCCGAUGUGCAUGGAGCCAGGGGGAAGGGGAAUCUAAACUAGACUCCUAUUGUUGCCAUUCAAAGGCUGUCUCAGAGAAAGUGCAUAAGUUUGGCAUUUGGGAAGGAAAGGGAGAAAUAACACUCACGCCCUCAAGAUGUUUUGCUCCUGUCACCAGAGAUUGCCUUUAUGGGCAUCACAGAGUGAUGAAUGUAUGGAUCCGGUCUGUUCAGGCUCAUUGAGGCAGACAAUGACAGGGAGCAAGCAGCCUAUUAGUGCUGUGACAUCUAAAGCAGCACAGUGCUGCCUGACUGUCCACUGGAGCAGCCAGUCAAAACAAACAGCAGCUUCAGGCUCUCUCUCUCUUUUAUACUCUGAUAAAAAAUAAUGUGUAUCAGGCUAGAGGAACAGUUCUGACUGGGAAAUACCCUGAAUUAUAUAUUAAGGGGAAUGCUGAUUUGUUUUGCAGAGCUCAUAUAGGUCAGUACUGUAUAUAUAGCCAUUUACAGUGAACAGCUAUACCGUAGGCCUAAAUUUCAGUCCUCCAUCUCUGCCUGUGUCUCCAUUGUAGCCUUGUAUGUCCCUGGUUAUUCAGUUACCAGAGUCACGCUUUAACUAGGCGCUCAAAUAGGCAGAGCACCCCUCUCAAAUCACCAUUACCAUGGUGAAGGGGAACUGCAAACCGCUAGGGCCAAGCAGAUCUGGUGGUGCUGAGGGAUCAUUGGCUGGAGGGAGAGGAGAGGAAUGGACCUCCACUGUGUAAAUGCCACAACACACCUCCUCAAUCUCCAGUCUCAACACCAAUGCAAAACAAAGGCAACAGGACCAAGUGUAAAGGAGCUCAACAACAACAACAUCAUAACGGCUGAGCUGUAUCUAUUGUUAGUGUGGUUUGUUGUUGGCGUCAGUUGAUGUUGAUGUUAGGUGACAAUAUUUAUCUUUCUCUCUCAGGCUUCUUCUCUCUUUUCUUUUAUUUUCUCUAUUCUCUCUCGCUCUCUCACUCUCACUCUCUCUCUCUCUCUCUCUCUCUCUCUCUCAGGUCUUUCUCACUCCAGGCGCCACACUAAUUAGACUAAGUACUAAGUGAGCUGGAGGACCACAUUUUUCUCAUAAUUACCUCCCACAGCAAAGCGUUAGCCAGAUUAACGCAUUGCACUUAAUGCAUCUCACAAAUGCAGUUAGCUCUUUGUCUUGAAAUAGCAGGACUUAAAUCCGAUAAGGUGAUGGCAUGGGCUGGUGCUCAUGGAACUACAGGAGUUUCUUAGGUUUCCAUGCAGUCUGUGUCUAAUGCACUAAGCGGUAAUCAGGCUCUAGGGGAUGAGGAUCUGAGAGGUUGGAAGCCAGGCAGGCUGUAGACUAGCAGGCUUUUAGAACUAGAAAACAAAGAGGAAAAUCAAUGGCUUCCCUUUGUAGGCCAGCGCCCUAACAGUGGUAUAAGCUGUACAAAUAAUCAAAGCGAUGCUCUCCUCUGUUUCCCAGAGAUUCUGCAGCAUCAAUAGGAGAUAAAACACUGAGUCUUUGUUAUCUGUGCCAUGCUCCCCUCAUCAUGUUUUUAUAGAUGUAUGAAUCCCUGGCUGAUUGUGAUACUGAGCUGGAGUAUCAGUUACAACCUGGCUCCGACUCUGACUAUGAAACUAAUCUGUGUGUGUGGAGUGAACAGUGCUCUGGACAUGGGACAGGAAGAGAACAGGAGUGGCUGGCCUGUGGUAUCCUUUCCUGUGGUAUCCUGUCCUGUGGUAUUAUUUUCUGUGGUAUCCUGUCCUGUGGGAUCCUGUCCUGUGUCUGGUUUGAUAAUCACUGUCUUGUCUUAUCAUUUGGCCAGGUACAAAAAGACGUCGGAGACGUUGAGCACAGCAGGGCAGAAGACGUCAGCAGCUUUCACCACAUUGGGAACAGCCAUCAGCAGGAAGUUUGGGGAUAUGAGGUACGGUGUCUCUGGUGCCUAUAGCAACCACACAACAACAUCAAAAUAUUUAAUAUCCAAUCAACUGAAGCCUUAUGCCACAACUACAUAUUUUAGCCUACAGCUAUUGAGACAGAAUACAGGGGGCCUCCAGUCAGAAUGACCAUGCUCCUCCCUCAUCUCAAUUCUAUGCAGCCAGUCUGUCGUGUGCCCAAUCCUGACUGUUGCUAGGGUUGACCCAGACAGUCUGUUACAGGGGGCAUGUUUGUGUUGCAUAAGCCCAGAGUAAGCAGCUUUCUACAGGCCAGAUUGGAUGCAGGCCUGAGUGGGGAGUGGGGAGUGGGGGGGGGGGGGGGGGGGGGGGGGGUCUGAAUUGUGUUACCCUGACUGUGCAGGGUAACACAAUGGAGAUCCAUUGCUGGCCAGUAUGGUAGCUUUGCAGGGACACACUCAGCCACAGGGGAGCUAUCAUAUCAUAGACAGCUGGCCCUGGUGUCACUGGUAAUGCAAUACUCAGACUAGCCAUGACAAAGAAAAACUGGGAUUUACUGUUAUCCCUGUCCAUGUCGUUUAGUGUGUGUUGUAGGGGUGUCUUUGUUUUGUUCUUUUAACGUCGUCGUAAUUAUUGCAUGAUAAUAACAAAAUACUCACCACCGCAGGUUUUUAAUAGUGUAUUAACCAACCAUUGUUAUGUAUAAAAUCAUGUUGAAUAAUAAUCCAGAGAGACAAAUAGACAUUCCUUUAUGUAUUCCAGCAUGUUUGGCCUUGAGUUAAUGUAUCCCAGAAGGUAUGCCCCCUAGUGUGCAUGUGUGUGUGCAUGCAAAUGAGUUUGUCCCUGUGUGUCCCUGUGUGGACCUUUCGUGUAAAUUGAAAAUACAGUACAACACGUUCUUUUCAUAAACCCUGUUCACUAUGUUGCCCAGUGAAAUGUAAAAAAGGUGUGCCCUGACUUGCAUUGGGUUUGAAAUAUGCUAAACCAAAUAUUUAGCUAUGAGGAACCAUGGAGAGCAAGGUACAGUAUGUUGCCUGGGGUGAUGUUUACUUGGGUGACUCCCUUGCACUACAGACUAUAGGUUGUUCUAAAUAGUUGCAACCCAAACAUUUGCAUUCUAAUGCAUAGUGUAUACAGUACUGUAAGGAUACAGUAUAUGGCAUGAUCACCAGAGCUUUGAUGAUUGUAUCACGACUCAGGAUAUGACCCAGAUGCAGACACAGGAGACGGAUAGUACAGUUCUCAAUAAUAAUUUAUUAGAACACGGGGCAGGCAAAGGGCAAGUCGAGGACAGGCAGAGGUUCGUAAUCAGGUCAGAGUCAGGCAGGUACAGGACAGCAGGCAGAAUGGUCAGAACCGGGGAAACUAGGACAUAAACACUUGAGAAACAAGUAAGACCUGACAAGACGAACUGGCAACAGACAAACAGAGGACACAGGUAUAAAUGCACAGGGGAUAAUGGGCGACACCUGGAGGGGGGUGGAGAAAAGCACAAAGACAGGUGAAACCGAUCAGGGUGUGACAGAUUGAUUGGUUAACUGUGUGUGUGCACUGGAUCUUUGAAUUUGGCUUUUCUUGAAUAGAAGUUUAAUUAAACUCUUGCCGUGAUUCAGAAAUGAAGUAGCCUAAUGUAAAGUAUUGGUAGGACACUGGAUACUGUCAGGAUAAAUGUCUUAAAAUGUUUGUUUCUUCAUCUCUUUCUAUGCAUCAAAAGAUCAAAUUCACUUGGGUAAGAUAUUGUGUUUUAGUGUUGUCAGUAGUAUUCUACUUCUGAUUUAGAGUCUGAUAUACGUGUUUGCAGUGACUGCACUGAAACUAGUCAGAAGACGAACAAAGGCCAUUGCUUACGUAAAUAUGAGAGUAAUUAAGAUAUAAUGGUAAGAAGAUGACUACCAACUGAAUGGGAUCGAUUCCAGGAAUCACCUGAUUUGAUUAGUCAGACAGACCGUUAGUUCCAGUGCAGUCACAUUAUAACCUACAGUGGAUGUAUAUACCUUAUAGUGAACUCCUCAGAUCUGUAGCAAACUGACCAGUAGGCAUGCAUGACUUUGACUGCUGUUGACCAUAGCAUGUUUUACUUGUGGGUAGUUCAGUAUAGUUACAUUGUAGAUAAUUUUUCUUUCUCUUUUGUACCUUGUGUAGAUGUAGCUCUGUAGAAGUUGUUAGUCAUAGAAAUAUUAAUGAGUCAUCACUUAGAUGAUACGGCAUGAUGAAGUUGUCUAAGAAAAUAUAUAUUACAGUAUAAGCCAUUAGAUUCCUCUAAAAUAUAUAUAUAUUUUUUUUUUUUAGGCAAUCAGAUGAUGGGUAAAUCUACAUUAUAGAAAUGGCUAGAAAGUUGCCCUGCUGAAUUACUGUAGACUAGAGGGAGUGCUUGCUGAGCCUGUACGUGUGGAUGCGUGUGUGCUCUGUGAUUUCUGCUUUCUGUAAAUCCAUGUUAAUGAUUUAACUCCUCUCUUACCUGGGACAGCUACUCUAUCCGCCACUCAAUGAGCAUGCCUGUUAUGAGGUAAUUGUGUGUAGCCUACUUUGUGUGUAGUGAUAGUUCAUCCUCCACUAGAUCCCCAUCCUUAGCCACCCACCCAUUCUUGUUGUCUUCAGGCUGAGUGUUUGUAAGCAUUGUGAGGAGAAUUGGUAUUGGUUCAGAAUUUAUAGGUGAAACAGGCUUGCAUUGUAACAUUGGCAUAUCCGGCAGCAAUCAUCAGGACAAGAUGAAUACAUUUCUAGCUAUCUGACCUGUUUAUCAAAAGAUAAACGUGUGGAAUCGUAAUACUAGAAAAAGUGACCUUUCUAUAACACUGAGCAUACAGGACUUCUCAGUGUUUUGUUAACAGAGCACUGUAAAUACAGGCAGCUUUAACAGAGCACUGUAAAUACAGGCAGGUCUCCCGAGUGGCGCAGCGGUCUAAGGCACUUCAUCUCAGUGCUUGAGGCAUCACUACAGAUCCCCUGGUUCGAUUCCAGGCUGUAUCACAACCGGCCGUGAUUGGGAUUCCCAUAGGGCGGCGCACAAUUGGCCCAGCGUCGUCCGGGUUUGGCCGGUGUAGGCCGUCAUUGUAAAUAAGAAUUUGUUCUUAACUGACUUGCCUAGUUAAAUAAAGGUAAAAUAAAUAAAUAAACAGGCAGCUUUAUUAGGUGUACACAAAAAUACAGGUACAGACAGGCCUCCCGAGUGGCGCAGCGGUCUAAGGCACUGCAGUGCUUGAGGCGUCACUACAGAUCCGGGUUCGAUCCUGGGCUGUGUCGCAGCCGGCUGCGACCGGGAGACCCAUGAGGCGAUGCACAAUUGGCCCAGCGUCGUCCGGGUUAGGGGAGGGUUUGGCCGGCUGGGAUGUCCUUGUCCCAUUGCGCUCUAGCGACUCCUGGGCGGGCUGGGCGCAUGCACGCUGACAAGGUCGCCAGUUAUACGGUGUUUCCUCCGACACAUUGGUGCGGCAGUGUGUCAAGAAGCAGUGCGGCUUGGCAGGGUCGUGUUUCGGAGGACGCAUGGCUCUCGACCUUCGCCUCUCCCGAGUCCGUACGGUAGGUGCAGCGAUGGGACAAGACUAACUACCAAUUGGAUCUCAUGAAAUUGGGGAGAAAAAGGGGUACAAAUAAUAAUAAUUUAAAAAUCCAGGUGGCUCAGAUAGAUAUAAAGAUAAGUGUUAUAUACUAAAGUAAUGGUAUUGUGUGAAACUGAACUGACUUUCAUCCCAUUAGGAACUCGCCCAGUUUCAAGUCCUUCGAGGAGAAGGUUGAAAGCACCGUUUCCAACAUAAAGGUAAUGUGAAACACAACACGUCAGAGCAAUGACACAGAGCUAUGAGAGAGAUUUACAUAAUGUUGAAGUAAGCCUAGGGAUUCAAUCCGAGCGUGCUUUGUCCACAAUGCGCGUAUUAAAGGCAAUGUUCCCGGGUUUGCUGAGGACACAUUCAUGGUAAAUGCUGCAUAUCUCGCCUCAAUCUGAAUUUAUCUUUAAAUGGCGCCAUUGCGGACAAAGCACAAUCGGAUUGAUUCCCGGCCUAAGUAAAGUCAACAUAAGGGAGUAAGCAUUAUGGAGGUCUUUCUUGUUAACUCCUUUCUUUUAAAGCUUCACUUCCUUUAGCUCAGGAAAACUUUUGGCUAUUUUUACAGCUCAGCUAAUUGAGGUUAAACACUACUCUCAGGAGAACAAUUGCUACACCGUGAAUGUGAGCAUUUGAGCCUGAUGUCGUAAUCUCUGGUGUUCUAACAACCCUGUUGAAAGUUCAAAUGGAUUCUCGACAAUAGCCUAUUUUAAAAUGUUGGUUUGUUUGUGUGCAUUUCUGUGUUUGUUUUUGGAUUUGGAGCAGACCAAGGUAGGAAGCCAAGGAGGUGGAGGGAGUUUUGAGGAGGUGUUGUCUUCAGCCGCCCAUGCCAGUGCCCAAGAAACCCCCAGCAACAACCUGUCUGAGAGCAGUGAUCAUGAGAGGACCUGCUAGACCAGAGCCUGAAACAGACCUCCCCAGACCAGGAUUAGCACUCUACUGCCCCUCACUGGCCCAGAGGCCACAUUACAUUACCUGAUAAGGAGAGCAUGACAUAUAGUAGGGCUAUCUAUCCAAAGCCCCAUCAAGUACCAACAAAUGUGUAUUAUCUAACCGUUUCCAACUGUUUCCAAUCCGUAAAACACUCCUGUCCUUGAUAUUUUAUUACUAUGAAUACAGCUAUUACCUUUUUGUAUUUAAAGAAAAAUAAAUGUUCUGUUUAUAUCAAUGUAUUUGAUAAACAAAAAGUAGUGAAUACUUUCUUCCCAAUACUAAAACAACAUUUUCAUGAUGACACCUACUUUCCAAGAGUGGACAGUCACAUAAUACUAUUGGAGGAGGAAAUUGUAUUUGAUACUAAUACUUGAAAUUGCAAGUGCUGGAUUUGUAGGCCUAUACCGCACUGUAAAUGGGGCCCAAAGUAAGGCCAUGUGCUGAAAAUCUACUGAAUACACUGUCAUCCCAAUGAAUCGCACUCAUAACUUAUUCUUAUAAGUCACAGCUGUCAGGCAGUGUAGAUGCUUUGACACUUUGGGAUGAAAUGUCUAUUUUUAAAUGUGGUUAUUUCUUCUGUUUAUUACUGCUAAUCUAAAAUCAUGGACCAAACAGCUGGUUUUCUAUUUACAGAAUUAACUUCGGUCAUAUGAUUUUCUCCUCGUGUUUAUUGUUUAAAUUGUUUUUUUCUUGGUUGCUGUGGUUUUUAACUUAGUUGUGACAAGACGUUCAUCGGACAUUUAGGUGAUAAUGUUUUCAGACAUUUUGUGACAAAGUUGUGUCAACAGCCGAGUUGCCCUCUCCUGAAUGUGACUGUUGUAAUACCCAAAGGUAAUAACAGUUGUUGUAGUCUGUUCAGUCCUGUA